ACCUCGUUCAAAACUCAAACCAAUGCCUGUAAAUUCUGCAUCAGACCGUGCUCAAAAUUAAAACAAACGACUACUGGCUUUGGAGUAACCGGGUCAAGAGCACAGGCCCACGGCUUGUUGAGGUCCCCAUGAGCAAGAAAGCCUUCUUCUCUGCACCUGACCUUUCCUCUAGACCCCACUGCACGCACACCAAGGAGCAUUUCCCUAAAGGGGAUCAGUGAGGGUUGAAGUUAUACACGAUCUGCUUUGAUGCUGCCCCCUCUUUCCUCAUCCGCAGCUUUCAUCUCUGUGAGCCGCAGGAGAACAGCGGUGUGCACCGCACAGCUCUCCCGUUUGGACUGUCAUUUAGGCAAAUCCACCCACUCAACCACCACCACCACCACCCUAGAAACAUCCACACACAGAGAUCAUUGUGUAGAGGAGGCCGUGCGCUGCGCGUCUGAGAGGGACAGAGAGAGAGAGAGAGAGAGAGAGAGAGAGAGAGAGAGAGAGAGAGACAUCCUCCUUGGCACACACCCGUCAGUGUGGCAGUGUGGGUUUGACUGACUAGCCGACUGACGGGGGAUUCUGGAAGAAACACAAAGGGACUGGACAACACACUCUGCUGUUUUGGUUGUUCACACCUUUCUUGCCCUCUUGCCCGUCAGCCUUAUCCCAGCCGAUGGUCUUCUAGCAGCGCCGCCUGUACCCACCUCAGCAUCGGAUUUUCUUACAUUUCAAAUUUCCUUGAUUUGGCUGAACCGGGGCUGAUCCUAGCCAACCUGGGCCGGACCGCGGGGCUGUUCAGCGAGCCUUAUAGCUGAAGUUGGCACCCGAGAUGAGCGCCUGGAGACCGUGGAGCGGGGAUCCCUCUUCACCGAGGAGAGGGUACGGGUUGUGGCAUCAGUGGUGGUGGGUUGUGGUGCUCGGGGUGGCAGUGGGUUCGGGAAAUCCAUGGAUGUCCGCGGAGGCAUGCCCGUCGUCUUGUUCCUGCAGCAGCACCAGGAUCUCCUGCGUGGAUCCGGAGCGGGGUAUCAGUGCUCUCCCCGUCCUGCAGAGCGAGGCGGAGAUGGAGAACAUCACCGACAUCUACAUUGCCAACCAGAGCAGUUUCUCCUCUAUCAACGACAAAGACCUGCACUACUACAAGAAUCUCAGGAACCUAACGGUGACCAACAGCAGACUAACAUAUGUAUCGAAGCUGGCCUUCCAGAAUAACAUCAAGCUGCAGUACCUGAAUCUGAAAGAUAACAACCUGUCAUCGCUGUCCUGGAGGAUCUUCAAACGUCUCAACAUUUCGUAUCUGAUCUUGUCAGGUAACCCUCUGCACUGCUCCUGUGAAAACAUGUGGAUCAAGCUGUGGUUAGGGGAGGAAGCAGACACUCAGGAGCUGUACUGCAUUGAAGAUGGAGGAGGACGCAAGCUGCUGUCCAGACUGACACUACCCAACUGUGAGGUUCCCAUGGCAACACUGAGCCCACCCAAAGUAACAGCAAUGGAGGGGGACAACCUGGCACUGUCCUGUACAACCUUUGGCGUGCCCUCACCUGACCUGAUAUGGAAAAUGUUCUUGGUCACCAGCUAUGAGAUCGUGACAUCAGGCCAGGUUUCAGUUCUGCGACUGUCCAACCUGUCGUCACUGGACCACAACAGCAAGAUCAGCUGCAUCGCUGAGAACAUUGUGGGAGAGAAGGAAUCCUCUCUGCUGCUGGAUAUACACUUCCCUCCCAAAAUCAUUAAACUGAGUGAUGCAAUCCCAGACCAUCACUGGUGUAUCCCCUUCAGCGUGUCAGGAAACCCAGAGCCAAAUUUACAGUGGUAUCUGAAUGAUAAGCCAGUGAUGGAGGGGGUCUACAUCUCGACCAUGAUCCAUGACAUCACAGAGAGAGAGUACCAUGGCUGCCUGCAGCUCGACAGCCCCACGCAUAUCAACAACGGGCGGUACAAGCUGGUGGCUACAAACAAGUACGGGUCUGACCAAAAAGAGGUGGAGGCUCACUUCAUGCAAAGGCCCUUAGAUGAAACUGAGAAGGAGCCUUCCUAUUAUGACCUACCCACAGAGGGUCCCCCUGCAGACCCACCUGAGGACAGAGUUGCUGUGUAUGUGGUGGUGGGAAUUGCUGCUGUAGCCUUCACUGGUUUCCUUCUAAUGUUGGUUAUUCUCAAGUUUGGUGGAAACUCCAAGUUUGGCAUCAAAGGACCAUCUUCAGUGAUAAGUAAUGACGACGACUCGGCCUCUCCUCUUCACCAUGUCUCCAAUGGCAGCAACACUCCCUCCUCUUCAGAGAUGGGCCCUGAUGCGGUAAUCAUCGGCAUGACCAAGAUUCCAGUAAUAGAAAACCCUCAGUACUUCAGGAGCACAAACAGCUUGCUCAAAACUGACACAUUUGUCCAGCAUAUUAAGAGACACAACAUUGUUCUGAAGAGGGAGCUGGGAGAGGGAGCCUUUGGAAAAGUCUUCUUGGCUGAGUGUUACAACCUCUCACCUGACCAGGAGAAGAUACUGGUCGCUGUCAAGACACUUAAAGAGGCCAGUGAAAAUGCCAGGAAGGAUUUCCACCGUGAGGCUGAGCUGCUGACCAACCUUCAACAUGAACACAUUGUCACUUUCUACGGAGUCUGUGUGGAGAGCGACCCUCUCAUCAUGGUGUUUGAGUACAUGAAACACGGCGACCUCAACAAGUUCCUCAGGGCUCACGGUCCAGAUGCAGUUCUGAUGGCAGAUGGCCAGACCACCAGACCAGUGGAGCUGACCCAGUCUCAGAUGCUGCAUAUUGCCCAGCAGAUAGCAUCGGGCAUGGUCUACCUGGCAUCACAGCACUUUGUGCAUCGCGACUUGGCCACCAGGAACUGCCUGGUGGGUGAGAACCUGCUGGUAAAGAUCGGAGACUUUGGCAUGUCCAGAGACGUCUACAGCACUGACUACUACAGGGUAGGUGUCGGUGGUCACACCAUGCUGCCAAUCCGCUGGAUGCCCCCUGAAAGUAUCAUGUAUAGAAAGUUCACCACAGAAAGCGAUGUCUGGAGUCUAGGAGUUGUUCUGUGGGAGAUCUUCACCUAUGGAAAACAGCCUUGGUACCAGCUCUCCAAUAAUGAGGUGAUAGAAUGUAUAACCCAGGGUAGGGUGCUGCAGCGCCCCAGGACCUGUCCUAAAGAAGUGUAUGACGUGAUGCUGGGCUGCUGGCAGAGAGAGCCGCACAUGAGACUGAACAUCAAAGAAAUCCAUGGUCUGCUCCUCAAUCUGGCCAAGGCCUCACCUGUAUAUUUGGAUAUACUGGGCUGACCACACGAGGACAGAGGAUAGUUUCUGGAUGCAUGUGCAUCUAGGUCGGGAUGAUUAGUGUAACUAAAUGUGUAUGUGUAUUUGCGGUUGCAUGCGUGUGUGAUAAGGUGGACAUGGUGAUACCUCUGAGUGUGCAAGACUGCAAGUGUGUGUGUGAAAGGUGCCGCUGUACAGGAAGUGGUUAUUAUCAAACUCCUAAAGGCAAUCGAAAAAAAAAAAAAAUCCUCAACUCAUCCCUGAUCGCUCCUCUCCUCCCAAUUUCCUCUCCUUUGUGCAUCUCCACUCCUUCCUUCCUUCCCAAAGAGACAUUUAUUAAGAGUAAUUUUGGAGGAAAAAAGCUUCUCACUUCUUUUCAAAUGCUUUAAACUGAUUGGGGCAAAAUUGAUUAAACCUGAUUACCAGGACUUUACAUUUAUUGACUCAUCCCUCGCUGCCUGUUGGACAGGACUCAUUUCAAGGGUCCACGGCCUUGAGGGAGGUUUCCCAGAAGCUUCAUUCCUUAGCUUGUAAAUAUGAAACUGUACAGUAGUUUGAAAGGACAUGGCUCUGUGACAUGUUGAGCCAUAAAGACACUGUGUUUUCCCUCCCCAUCCUGUCAGUCUGUCUUUGUCAGUUUCACAGAACUGUACACCAGUAUUAAUGUCAGUAUUUGUCCAACAUGGCUCAUAGGAAAGACUACACCGGUGAUGAUUAACACAAUGGUACGCGUUAGAUUGUCUGUAACCAAAUAAUGACCCAAAAAAGGUUGAAGCUUAACUGAGCUGCUGUGGUGAAAGCAAAAAAAAAUCAGGAAUAAGACUGAGGCUACAAUAUCUCCUCAUGCAACAGACUGGUAUAUAUGAUUUUAUGGAUAUAUGCACUGAUAUCUGCAUACUGCAUUGUAUUACCAUUGUUUUCUGUUACUUUGCUCAGGCCUGGGCUGCCCUGUCACACAGCACAGGGUAACAUGAGGACUACAUCUGACAGAUGCUUCACUUGUGAUGUCAAGCGCUGGUGUCGGAGGUCAAUUGAUUAAUUUGUCCACAGCUGUGUGACAAUCACUAGGUCUGGGUAGUGGGGGGGGGGUUAAAGGAGUUGUUAAAACAGGCUGGGUUUUGAGUGGUCAUGUGUGUGGUUGGCAGCACUGUAGAAGGUGUGGUUCAUCUGGUCAACCCAUAUUAAAUCAUCAAGACGCUCAGCACUCAGACAUCCUUGAAAACCACAUCUGUGCAAGAGGGAAUGCCCACUCCCACCCACACACACACACACACACACACACACACAAACUGUAUACUUUAUCCUGUCAUCCCUUCAUCUUCAUACAUACACACUCACUGUAAGACACUCAAAACGGGCCGAGAAGGAAAUUGAAUUGUGCAUGUUUUAUUAUUUGAGCGGUGCAGUGCUUUAGCCAGGCCCUGUCCUCUGUAAUGGUGUAAUGUAUAUUUCAUUACAGCCUAAUGGGCUCCAUUAGCACAGUCUCCUCACAGACAUUCAAGACUUAUUGUUUUAUGGUGGAGAAGGAAGGAUGGAGAGAUGGAAAGGUAAAUGAGAGGAAAACAGAGAAAUGAGGAGCAGUGGAGAGGAGAAAGAGGGGAGGUAAUAAUGUAUACUGGGAAGAAAUGGAGAGGUUGGGAGAGAGUUCAGAAUGGAAGCAGUGGGUUAGAAAGGAGGAGACGAGCGGAGUGAAAAGGUAAGAACAGGUCAUGCGGAGAAAGAGAAGACAGUGGAGUGAAAAAGGGGAAUAGAGAGCGCAAGAGGAGGCAUGAAUGUCCACAGAGAGAGAGUAAGAGGGACCAUCCAUCAUUACUGUGGCCUGGAGUUGUUCUAUAAGCCACAACUUCAUGUUCCCAUCACAUUCCUGUGGUUGCCCUCAACCGCGCACACACACAUUUUACUGGCAGUCCAACACUGGCUUACACUGAAAUAUACUCAGUUAUUCAUCGCACUUCCUCAUUAUUGAGAACCACUUCACUCACUUACAGUUCAGCUCACAUAAUCUGGUCAAACGGUUACAGACACACUGUAUAUAGCUUCAACAGUACACAUGCAUGCAAGAAAACACAUUUAAUGUUUGUUUUUGCAUUUUACUGGGGCAUAUUUUACUCUUUCAGAAGCCGUAAUCACUGCGGUUUCACUAACAGCCAUUUUAAUCAGAUGUAAAACACCCAUCUGGAAUUAAGUCUCAUUUGUUUAGUAACCACAGCACUUGAUGGUAUUGAUGUUGGUUAACUCGAAAUUGUUGAUUUUAAGUAUUAUUAUUUAUAAAUUAAGAAGCAUUUUGUACAUUUCUUUCUAUAUCUGAGGUUGCCUUUUGCAACAAGAAAGACUGAUAUUGAACACUUAACAUUUAAUUAUGUUUUUUGCAAAUGUAUAAGAGAAUCUUGUGUGUAUGUGUUUUUAUGUCAGGUUCUAUCUUAACAGAGACCAAGCCCGCCCUCAUGUACAGCAUACUCUACAACACGGAUGGAUGUUUCACCAGUCUGUCACACUGGUACAUUUAGUUUGACAUAUUACGAGAUUGUCACCUGUCAGAUCAUGAAUGCAAGGGUUAAGGGCUGCAGAAUUGUCACUGCAGGCUCACACAGUCCUCAAAAUCCAUCCAUGCUGUACAGUCAAGUAGAGCUUGCACUGAGUGAGUACUCAACACGACUCACAAAAACUCACUACACAAUAACUCUGUGCAAUAACAGAGGGCAGGGUUGGUGGGGACCUGAGUUGAAAAAAAAAAAAACUAAGACACAAACAGUGCAUACAAAUGCCUCUGAUGUCAAAAGAGUAGAGUACAUUGAAGCAACAUCUCAGUUGGCUGCACUGUGUGUGUACCUGCUGUGUUUCCUUUUUGUUUUUUUUAAUAAUGAACUAUGUCAACGUAGACAGUGGUGAUGUUUUGACACUUAUGAGAAGAAGAAGUAGCUGUGAGAGGGAUGUUUGUUGUGAUGAAGACUUGUCAGCACAAUGUAGGAGUGUUCUGUGAAACCAACAGCUGAAGAUCGGCUAUACUCACACUGAUGCUUCAAAGAUAUUGGUUAAAUGAAGAAAUAACAGGAGGAAAACUGCUACAUCUCUAACUGCUGUAUGAACAGACACCUCAGAAAAGGAUGGACUGACAAUCAGACUUCUCUCCUAUUCAAGUGACCUACUGUAAAAUAGACUACUGAACCACCUUUCCUCUUCUAUGCUGCCUAUACUGUAUGUGAUAGUCUUAAACUUUGGUCUCUAGAAGUGCUACUUUUUCCUUUUUUUAUGAAAUAACAGUGAGAGGAAUGAACAAAAAUACAUGUACAAAUGUGAAUAAGCUGCUAAAAAGAGCUAAGCGUUGCUAACUGCUGUGUCUGAGACUGUGUCAGUAUCUAGAUUGUACUAUUUUAUUCUUUUAUAUUAGAAGUGAAGGACUCAGAAGCGAGAAUGUGUGGGACUCACAAGUAAACAAAACGACAUGCAGUACAGCAGUCCCUGGGAUGCAGAGCGGUGUUUGCUCAUUCUCCUGGUGGUGUGUUUGUGUGUGUGCAUGGAGAUAUCUGAUUGAUGCCAGAGUCAGACAGGAGAAAUCCAUAAGCCAGGUUCAGACUCUACUCAGAUCCUAGUUCAAAUGCAAUGAGAUUCAAUGAAUUGAUUUCUUGUCGCCGUUCUCCAAUUUAUGAUAAAUGACUUUGCCCAGUCGGACUGAGGUUGGUAUCAUGGCAGCUAAGAUUUAUGGAAUCACUCAAUCGCUUUAUUUCUUGACUCCAAAAUCAGCAUUCCUGUCUAUAUGACUUACUAUAGCCUGGGUUUUACAGAGUUAUAUUAGCAAUAUUAACAGCUGUUUUCCUUUGCCUAUCACCUCACUGUAACAAACACUGAACCGAAUUUGGGCUAAAGUAUGAGAGUCAGUGGACUAAAAUAUAUUCUCCAUAUACAGUACAGAUACACAUCAGUCCUUUGGGAAUGCUGUGACCCCUAUCACAUUUAAUCUCCUCUCUCUCACACACACAACCCUAAGCUAAUAGAGCUGAAAUAGCAUAAAGGUCAUCUCUAAGAUUACACUUGUGCUUGGAUGCUUCUCGAAGCCCAACCUCCUGGACCAUGUAAUGCCACAAAAACUGCUCCUCCUUACUGUGUUUAUCUCUGUAUUGUGAGGGUCGUGCUGCUGUAGAAAAAUAGAUAUUUGGAAGUCUUGUGGAUAGGACAGAUGACAAGACACUAAAGUUUCCCUGCUAAAAAAUGCUGUUCAGCAUGUUAACAUCUGUACUGCAACGCACACGAUGUAAAAGCUGGGAAUAUUCUUAAUGUAGCUGUCUUUGCAAACAUGUUAUUUGAUACAGUAAAGCAAAGGUUUUGAUGCCAACCAUCUGUGCCCUGCUAGGGAACACACACAGAAACACGCACCAGAAGGAACCUGUACAGUCAUACAGUUGCGUGGUUGAAACUAUCAUAGUGAGUCAUGAUGCUAGUGAUGAUAUGAUUUCUCUCUGAACAUGGACCAGUCUGUCAUGAUACAAUGUAAUUAAUAAAAAAAGUGUUACAUCA